GGAUUAACAGUGGGUGAUUUGACGCGGCACGUCGGCGUGAAAGCCCUGCCGUCGCGUUGUCGAGUCAUCGCCAGAGAAGAGCAGAGAGCAGACGGUGCAGCCGUCUGAUGGCUUGAAAACGGGGAAUAACUGUGGUUCACAGCGGAUUAAUUGCACCACACAAGCCAAGAGGAGCGGAACCGCGGCCACUGGAGCGGCCUGGGUGUUGAUACGGAUGAGGAUACGGCAUCUUUGAGUUAGAGCGUUGCCUCUUUUGGCUGCGGUAGCAGACCCGGACACAGACAACACAGAGACAGACAUAAAGAAGUACCAGAGCCGCCGCGACACCAGCGAGCGAACUUGGCUUCUCUGCCCUGUGGGAGGUGUCAUUCUGUCGGCUGCGAGUCGCUGCACGUACCGCUCACCGCGGCGCUUGUUCGGCCCUUUAAAAAAAAAAAGAAGGAUAAGGCUGCAGCUAAGUUAUGUUUUUGUAAAUAGCUUAUUUUUUCGGGGUUUUCAGCAACCAACUGUGGCUUUAAUGUGACGCACUAUACUGACACUUUGGAGCUUUGUAAAUCGGAGCGGACUCCCACUGCAGAGGAGUUAAAGGCGUUUAAAUCAAGUUUUUACCUUCAUUUUUCUGCGGUACCACUACAGCCCACACCGAUGUAAUAGGGACAAGGGCCAAAGCAGACUAAGCUGGCCUAGGCUAGGCCUACCUAGCCUUCUGUCUGGAUUUACCAGACGGGCCAGCAACUUCUACAGGGAGCCCUAUCUUCAGCGAGCAGUGGGGGGCUUCAUCCUAUUCUUACACAAACUGCACCAGAGCUCAAGUCAAGCUGAAACUGGAUUGGAUUUCAGUCAUAUUUCAUCUUAUCAGCCUGGGGGAGGCCAUACUGGUCUGUUGGAACUCCAGUUCGUCCAUGUUGUUGUCAUCCCUCUCUGGAUGUUGCUAUCGGGAUGGAUUCGGGUGUUAAUUUGACGGUUGUCACCUCAUUGCAGUGCUUGCACCCCCCCUCCAUUGACUGCCUCUCGUCCCCUCCCUCCCCAGUCUUUAAGAGAAAGCCCCUUCCUCUCUCCUGGGGCUUCCCUGAUUACAGAAGAACAGAAGGACCUUGUAGGAACUGUUGGUUGUAUUGUUGAAACCGUUGCAAAGAGGAAGUAGAGUUAAUAAAUCCUUGCUAAAAAAACCUACAAACCACAAUGAAAAUGACUGCGUUCAGUUGAUUUUGUUUUGUUACCCUUCCCCUUUUGUUUUUCUUGGAGUUUGAUCAGAGGUUGGAGAACUUUUCACUUGAAAAACAAAGCUUGCUAGUCAAGAUUUGUGCCCGCAUGCACACAGUUUACACAUAGGUUGGUCUGAUUACUCACAUAAAAUAAAUCCUUAUUUAUACUUACAGAAUUUCUCUUUUGUGGUCUGAGCCUAACGGAGCAAUGUCUGAAAGCAGCAGCAAAGCGGUGGAAUUCAUUGCCCCGGCCCCCCCUCCUCCCUCUGCGUCUCCCUGUCCCUCACCCCAGACCCCCCACAAAAAUGUGAACACCCCUGCCAGUUCAGACUCUCACGUGGUGGAGAAGCUCGACGGACACCCUGAGGUCCAACGUCGGCGCCACACGAUGGAUAGAGACUCUAAAACAGCCGAGCACCGUUUCUUCCGCCGGAGUGUCAUAUGUGACUCCAAUGCCACAGCUUUGGACCUGCCCAGCAAAGCAGCCAUGAUACUGUCCUCACCUCCAGACUGUGAAGGGCCACUCACUCUCUACCCUCAACAGCCUGGACCUGGGGUACAGGAUAAAGAACAUGGGAAGGUCCCAGUAGGUCUCUAUGUGCAAAGCCAGACCCUUCAACCUGGGCUUGGUGGGGCAGUUGCAGAGGGGAACAUACAAAACGAGGAAGAUUUACUUGUGGGCAGUAUCACGAUCGCCGUUCCCACCAGUAGCAGUGUUCAGCAUGGUCCAGAUGGGGCAGUAAAAGAUCCCAGCCCGACAGUAUUGGAUGUUACCGCCAAAAUAGUAGGCAAGGAGCCUGACGUGACAUUGCGCCCCAGAGGGUCAGAGGCCACACAACAGGUGAUGAAAGAUGGAAAAGUGAUAGAACAUGUGGAUGAGGGUAGCGUUAGAGAGGAGAAAGAGAGGGAGACGGAGGAGGAGAAGGAGCUAGCGAAAGCACGGGCAGAGCAAAGGGAGGCCGAGAAACGAGUGCAAGACGAUAUAGAGGAAGUGGAGACAAAAGCUGUGGGGACUUCACCAGAUGGACGCUUCCUAAAAUUUGACAUCGAGAUCGGAAGAGGGUCCUUUAAGACUGUUUACAAGGGACUGGAUACAGAGACUACUGUGGAAGUGGCAUGGUGUGAGCUCCAGGAUCGCAAGCUGUCCAAGUCAGAGCGUCAGCGCUUCAAAGAGGAGGCCGGGAUGUUGAAGGGUCUCCAGCAUCCUAACAUUGUCCGCUUCUAUGACUCCUGGGAGGGACCAUGCAAAGGAAAGAAAUGUAUUGUUCUGGUGACUGAGCUAAUGACAUCUGGGACCCUUAAAACCUACCUGAAGCGCUUCAAGGUGAUGAAAAUCAAGGUCCUGCGUUCGUGGUGCAGACAGAUCCUCAAAGGCCUUCACUUCCUGCACACCAGAGCUCCACCCAUUAUUCACAGAGACCUGAAAUGUGACAACAUCUUUAUCACGGGGCCCACAGGCUCGGUAAAGAUUGGGGACCUGGGUUUAGCCACGCUGAAGAGGGCCUCCUUUGCUAAGAGUGUCAUCGGAACCCCAGAGUUCAUGGCUCCAGAGAUGUAUGAGGAGAAGUAUGAUGAAUCUGUAGAUGUCUACGCAUUCGGGAUGUGUAUGCUGGAGAUGGCUACCUCAGAGUACCCCUACUCUGAAUGUCAAAAUGCUGCCCAGAUCUAUAGGCGGGUUACUAGUGGAGUGAAGCCUGCCAGUUUUGACAAGGUAGCCAUUCCUGAGGUGAAGGAAAUUAUAGAUUGCUGCAUCAGAACAAACAAGGAUGAGAGGUAUGCUAUAAAGAUCCUGUUGAACCAUGCGUUCUUUCAGGAAGACACGGGGGUCAGGGUUGAACUGGCAGAGGAGGAUGAUGGGGAAAUGAUUGCCAUCAAACUCUGGCUCAGGAUAGAUGAUGUCAAGAAGCUCAAAGGCAAAUACAAAGACAACGAAGCCAUCGAAUUCUCCUUUGACCUGAACAAAGACGUCCCAGAAGAUGUGGCCCAGGAAAUGGUUGAGUCUGGCUACGUUGCUGAGGGUGACCAUAAGACCAUGGCCAAGGCUAUCAAGGACCGCGUGUCUCUGAUCCGGAGGAAGAGAGAACAGAGGCAGCAGGUACGAGAGGAACAGGAGAAGAGAAAACUGGAGACUCAACAACAACAACAACAACAACAGCAACAACAGCAACAGCAACAACAGCAGCAGCAGCAAGAGUCACUCAAACCUUUACACACACAGGCAGAGACAGAGGAGACGGAAAUGGAGCAACAGCAGCGUCACUAUCAGCAGACCAGCAUCUCACACACAUCUGAAGGAGGUUUAGACAGCGGCACAGGUUCUUCAGUUUUCUCCUCAGACUCCCCCCACUUGGGUCAGCUGGCCAUGACGUACAUCUGCCCCCCUUCCAGCCAGCCCCCUUCCCAGCCCCAACCCCCUCCCUCCUCCCAGCCCCCCUCCCAGCCUCAAACCCCCUACCCCUCUGCUAACCCACAGCAGCACCCAGGCUACGCCCAGCCGUCGCAGUCAAUGCCUGAGUUGCGCCGUCGUCGAAAUCGUAGCAUGUCUGUUUGCGUCCCCCCCUCCUCCUACUCCUUUUCCCAUGUUCUCCGGCCCCUGGCCGUUCCUCCAAAGCAGCCCUCCACCCCUCCUCCAGGCCCGUUCUCCUCAUCCUCUUACACCAUCACCUCCCCCUGCAUGCCUCUCACAGCUGAGAGGGACACAUUCGCUGGGCGCCUCUCCCAGGCCCUGGAGACAGUCCUGCCCCUUCAGUCUGCCUCCUCUCUGCCCAGGGCCAGGCAGCGGAGGGCCAGCCUACCUGCUCUGUUCUCCACCCCUCAGCAUUCAAUGCCACAUCACUACAGUGGAGGAGCAGGAGGAGGAGGAGUAGCAGGAGGGAGUAUUCCCCACUCAACUCUCCCAGACCCCACUACUAUUUUCUUCCCCUCCAUCCCUGAGCGGCCCAUUUCCUUCUCGCCUCCUCCCACUGGGCCUUCUAAGGCCUACAACACCCAGAGACGCAAGAGCACGUCGAUUCUCGAGGCUCAUACCCGACACUUUCAGCCUGCUUACACUCGCUAUGGGAGCAGCCUGCAUCCCUUUUCUGGGAUGGAAGGUGUUGAGACCCCCUCUCUCUUCAUGGUAAAUCCCAGUUUUGCUGCAGCUGCUCAAAGACUUGGUGUUGGGGAGUCGCUGCAUCUCCCAGGACAGUCUGACACAAGUUACAGCUAUAAAGACAUGAGAGCGGAGCAUGAGGAAGCAGUGAGGAGAUUAAGUCUAAGUCAAGCUGCCUUAUUGGACCAUUAUGAAGCAAUGGCAUAUGGAGGAUAUCCAAUGACUGCACACCAGCUUGGCUUCAGUUUUCAUCAGCAGAGGCAAGCAGCAGCUGCUAGUUUGGGUUUUGAUCCUGUUCCGACACCUCAACCCGGGUUCUUGCACCCACACAUCAUGCAGAGACUGAGUGCACACAGCCCAGUUCCUUCACCCUUACCACCCAUGAGUGUGUCCACUGGUGGCUCUGUUUCUUCUUCGUCCUCUGAUGGAUGCUUUCCUCCACCACAUCAUGCUUCCUCUUCAUCUUUCCCUAUUUCUGCACCUCCAGUAAUGACUGACACCCCACCAUCAACUGGAAGUGUGUUUGAGUUCCAUUUAGCUGCAGCCGCUGCUGCAGCUGCUGCUGGAGACCCAAGCCUGCUGGCAUCCAGACUUUACCGGGCCCGAAGGAGCUCCAUGGACCUCCCUCUAGAAGACACCGGAGCUGGAUCAGGUGGUUCAGGCACGUACAGCCGUCUCCAGCCAGUUACAGAAGAGCUGUACUCAUACGUCAGUCCCGAGCUCCCCUUACCUCCAGGAAGUCUUCUACUUCACCACUUGGGUUUAACCACAAAAGACAGAAGCCCAGAACCUUCUAGUGACUCUUUAGCCUCCUCUGACGCCGGGGAGUUCCAGUCACCUCCUCUCCUUCCUCCAUUUGAUUCCUCAGCUGCUCAGUCCAUCCCUCACUCAUCCUCCGCUGCGCUCUACGAUUCAUCCGGCGGAGUGUUUUCCAUAGAUCCCCAAGGACAUCCACCCUCCAUGCCUAGCUUUCUACCUCCCACUCCAUCCUCCGAGCUCCAGCUUGGGGGAACAUCAUCUACUCAGCUGGAGUCUCUGAUCCAGAAUGCCUGGGCCCGGCAUGGCGGGGUGAUACCAGCCCAACCCGAUAUGACAUACCAUGAGUCCUUGCUGGCCAUGCAGGCCGCUAACCCCACUCUGCCGAAGGUUCAGGCUCCCACGUCCCAGCCCUCUCCAGGACCCCCUCUGGUCCCUGCCUCCAACCAAGCAGGUCCCCCAGGGACCCCCCAACAGGUUUCAUCUAGUCAGAGUAGUACAUCUCUUCAAAGCCCCACACAUACAUCUAUGCCGCAGGCGUCUGCACAGCCCAGUGUAACUCCAUCUGCCGUUUCCUUGGUGACCCUGCCCACUCCGUCGCCAUCCCUCCCUGUUACCAUGCCGGCAGCGGUUGUGGCUUCCCCUCCCUCUCCUCUGCCUCUCCCUGUUGGGGUGGUGUCUACUAUUGUUUCCCCUCCUCCUCAUCCUGUGCCCACACCUGUGCCUCAGCCAUUGGCCACCGUGGUGCCAAUCAUCAGUGUAGUCACCGCCCCACCCGAUACUCCCAUGGAAGCCCCUCCCCAGUCUGUCUCUCAGUCUUCAGAGCUGUCCCAGUCACAACUACAGCCACCUCAAGUUCUCUCAUCUAUAGAGAGUGGCCACUCUGAGACUUCAGGUCUGAGUGACGGGAACGAGGGAGGAGGAGGUCGCCAUGAAGGUCGCUCCACCAAGCGACAUCAGAGACGUUCUGUACGAAGUCGAUCACGCCAUGAGAAGCUUUCCAAGGCGAAACUCAAUGUUCUCAAUAUCUCCAACCGAGGAGAUAGGGUUGCAGAGUGUCAGCUGGAGACACACAAUAGGAAGAUGGUGACUUUCAGGUUUGACCUGGAUGGAGACAACCCCGAGGAGAUCGCCAUGAUCAUGGUCCAAAGUGAGUUUAUUCUGGAGAGUGAGAGGGAGUCGUUCAUUGAGCAGGUCAGAGAGGUGAUAGCGAACGCUGAUGAGAAGGGUCUGGAGAGAGACACAAAUAGCCAGAUGGCAGGUGAUAUGGAGCAGCAGAUUCCUGCUAUAUCUGCCCCCAUGCCAGACAUUCCUCCCUGUGCAACAGCACAAGUGGUCCAUUCAGCAGGCCGACGGUUCAUCGUCAGCCCAGUACCUGAAGCCAGGCUGAAGGAACAAAGGUUUCCCACCUCUCCUGCCCCUGCACCUCCUGUUGAAACAGUUCCUCAGACUGCAGGCCAAGGUUUGGCAUUGUCCCAGUCUGCCGGAGCAAUCAGCUUACAACAAGCCUUCUCUGAGCUCAGACAGAACCAGGCUCAGUUUGAUGCCGGACCCAGCACGGCCCCAGCUUCUGUCUACUCCACCCAUCCUCCUCUACAGCCUGCAGCAGCUUCUGUUCCAUCACAGGCCAGCACAGUCACUCCUGCUUUGGAUGCGAGUGCUGGACUUGUCCCUUCUAAUUUAAACCAGGCACAGGAGCAGGUCUUGGAGCCUUCUCUUUCUCCCCCUUCAUCCUCCUCCACCCCCUCCUCUGUGCCCGCUGUCUGUCUCAGCCCUCCUUGUUCCUCUUCCCCUCCUCCUCCUACUGUCAUAACUCAGUCCAUCCUUCAGUCACAGGUACUUUCCCAGGUGCCCCAACCGCAGGGACUGGUGCAGGUCCAGGGACAAGCACAACAGCCCCAGGCUUUCACCCAGCCUCAGUCUCAAACUAUUUCUGCUGUCAUUGCUCCUUCAGUACCUUCCAUUUUACCAUUGGCCAGCAUCUCUGGCAUCCCCCAAACAAUGCUCACCUCUCCUCCUCCCGCCCAGACUGUUCCGCUUGUAUCCUCCCCUCCCUCCUCCACUCUAACAGCCAGCGAAGUCUCCUCUGAUCAUCAGUCAGUCUCUCCCACCUCCUUCUCCACUCCUUCCCUCUCCUCCUCUGUCAUCCCCACUACUGCCAUCCCAGGCCCCCAGCUUGCUCCCUCCGCCGCCUCCCACCCCACUCCCCCCUCCUCCUCCUCCGAAGUGGGGCUCCUGCCGGUGACAACCAAUGUUCCUUCAGUCCAACCAACCUUGGUCCACUCCCAGCCGCAGACAGCAGCCCUGCCUGGGCAGGUGCACACACACUGUGGGGAAUGUGAUGCAAGGUGUGAGGCAUCCAUUGAUUCCCAAGGCAAACCGGACGACAUCCAAGUUCUGGAGAAGAAGCUGCGGUCACUCUUCAUGGACCUCGGUGGAGGGGUGCCAUCGUCCCAGGGAGACAUCUUAGCUGCUGACCCUACUUCCGGAGCCCACGUAGCAGGCACCUCGUCCCCGAUUGGCCCCUGCUCUACCUCCAGCACAUCUGUCACUGCAACUGGCUCCAGCCCGCCAGCCAAUCCUCCUCAGCCCCCCACCACCCUAGCUCUGAUGUCCCCUGCUCCAAUCCAGGGCCCUGGAACACCAAUCUCCACCCCUGCACCGAUCGUUUCUACAGUCAUCCCUGCUUCAUCCUUUGGCCAGACCACUCCAUCCAAACCCCCCUUAUCCAGGGCACCGGCCAGUUCUCCUCCUUCAGAACUCCUGCCAUCUUUCCCUGGACCUUGUCUAACACAGUCCCAGCAGCCUCUGGAGGACCUAGAUGCUCAGUUGAGGCGAGCACUGAGCCCAGAGACGGUUUCCGUCAGCGCACACCCACAGGCCUCUCACAGUGGCAUGCCUUCAGUGGGACAAAUUCCCUUCUCUCUGGAGGAAGAAACUGUGUCCUCUGCUGGUCCUGCAAUUAAACUGGGAAGAUUUCAGGUCUCGUUGGCUGCUGAAGAGCCUCCUGUCAAACGCCCGGCCUGCACGGAGUCUUCCUCCACCACCUCCUCCUCCUCGUCUUCUUCCUCCUCGUCCUCCUCCAGUCUCUCCAGUCCGGAGAAUACACUGCACAAGGAGUCCUCGUCUCCUCUGAGAGGGGGAGGAGGACAACGAGGAGAUGUAGUGGACGGACUCCCCCAAAGGACUCUGGGAGGGUCUCACCACCCCUCCCCCCUCACUUCACCCUGUCCCUCCCCUAAACCCACCACUACCAUUGGACGCUUCCAGGUUACCACCAGCCCCGAGGCCCGUGUUGGUAGAUUUUCAGUCAGUCGUGCCCAGGAGCAGAACCUUGAGUCCAGGCAGACGCCUCCCCCCGCCACCCGGGCUGCUAACGGACCCAGUGAUCCUGGUCCGAUUUUGAGUCCAGACUCCACUCAUAAAGCUUCGCUGCCAAAUCUAAACAACAACUCCUUCAAUAACUCCUACAUCAGCAGUGACAAUGACUCCGAAUUUGAGGAUGAAGACUUUAAACGGGAAGUCAGUCGCCUCAGAGAAAAGCACAUGCGUGAGAUUCAGGCCCUCCACUCCCGCCAGAAGGAGGAAAUUGACUGUCUCUUUACCAAGCUGGGAAAGGUUCCUCCAACUGCAGUGCUCCCUCCAGUUAUAGCCUUGACUGGCAGAAGGAGACGACCUACCAAAAGCAAAUCCUCUAAAUCGUCCAGAACCAGCUCCACGCACAGCAGCAAGAGUCCGUUACAACCAGGCAGCACUUUAUCCGCCCAGAGCGUCCCCACCAUGUACCCCGGCCAGCUGGCUCUUUUAGCCCCAGGAGGAUUAGCCGAUUCGGGCAGCAGUACUCUGCUCCAGCCACUCAAACCCUCUCCCUCCAGCAACAACCUGUGUUCAGCCUACACCAGCGAGGCGGCGCUCUCUGUGCCCAGCCUAUGUGCUCCCACCCCAGGCUGUGUAAAGUUCAGCUGGGGUUCGGAGCGUUUGGCCUUCAAGCCUGGCAGCAGGAGGACGCGCUUUCUGAGUACGCCCUGCUUGGCUCUUUGGAAGAUGGUGAAAAAAGUCUGCCCCUGCAACCAGCUCUGUAGGACUAACAGCACCAAUGCCGUGAGUGGUUCAGGAGGUUUGGGUCACAGCCAGGGGGGUUCUCAAUACCUGCCCCCCAACAUGUCAACCCCCCACCAGAGGAAAGGAACCUUCACCGAUGACCUUCAUAAACUGGUGGACAACUGGGCCAGAGAUGCCAUGAACCUCUCACAGGGGAAGAGGAGUGCCAAACAGUUGCAGCAGGCCCCAGCACAGGGACACAGCUAUGAGGUUAUCCAGUCAGCCAGUCUGAGUAGGAAGUACUCUGCUCCCAGCCAGCUGUGUACCAGCAGCAUUGGAGGUUCAGCCCACCUCCCUACUAACGCCACCACCGCUACCUCUAUGGCCACUCGCAAGGGCUCCCUGUGCCACCCCCCUGUCUCCUCCACUCCAUCUCAACCCCAACCUCCCCAGUUCAUCAACUACACCCCAACCGCUGCCUACAGCGCACAAUGGUCCGGUCCGGCUCACGGCCUGUCGACCCCACACCAGGGCCCAGCACAGCCUGGGCCUCUGCUGGUCAGUACCUCCCAGCCCCUGGGUCCCUACCCCACCACGGUUGGUGGACAGGGCCAGAUUUCCGGGCAGGGGCCGCUCCAGGCUUUCCAUCUGACCAACACUCUGCAAAAGUCGGUCAGCAACCCAGGAGGACCCAACCUGAGGACCACGUAGGGCUGGGGGUGAGGGCUGGUUUGAAUCACGGCCCGACUGGACUGGACAGGUGUGGAACAGAGUGUUACUUGGGCUUGAUUGGCCGGAGAGGAUGGAAGAACUGCAGAAGCGUGGUGAGCAAGGAGUUUGAAGUGACAGAAGCUGACCUGUUCAAGAGGAGAAAAGAAAAAUGGAAAGGAAGAGGAGAGAAGAAAUCAGGAAUGCGAUGUGGCCAUCUCCACAGUUCACAUAACCUCCCCCUCUGCUGUGUUUGACUGUGGGCUUGUAACAGCUGGCCAAAUGCUCAAGGAUAAUGGAAAAGACUCAUGAGUGCAAUGUUAAAAGGCCAAAGAGGUUGUGACAGGAUGUGGGAUUGGUGUUAAUAACUGUUUGUGUGUAAGGCAUUGUGCAUAGGCACGCUCACAUUUGUUCCUCUUCAAUUUUUAAAUUGAUGAACAACUCUAGGUCACACCAUCACCCUUGUGAGAUAGUAGAGGGGAGAUGUUAUAUCAGGUUGAGUGCGGGGGGGUUCACACAGCACCUCUUAAAAGCGUAUAAUGCUGAAGCUUAAAGUAUUUCUAACUUUUAGCUCUCGGACUGAGUAUUAAUCCUUAAGUUCUCAUCGAAGACAGAAACAUGCAACAAUGCAGUUUUCCCAAAUUUAAUACAGAAAAGACUUUGGCAUUCUUUAAAGAAGUAACUGGUGGAUACAGAGGAGAGCAUGGAUGGCCAUCGCGUUAGGGUUGUCUUUCUUAGUGGUCAUUGUCAACAUCAAAUGAUGCACAAGAGGGCUGUAUCACUCUGAAAGCAAGCAGUUUAUCUUAAGUUCAGGAAUCGUUUUUUUCUUCAGUAUUCAGAAUUUGAAAAUUUUCAUUCAAAGCACAAAACAAUCCGAAACAAAUAAUACGCACAUUGAGAAUUUGAACGGCUGCAGCUGAGCUGACCUCGAGCGUGGUUUAGAGUAGGUAUUGUCCAGCACUUGGCGGAGUUUUGACUCGUCAGCUUGAGAAAAUUUCUGACUUCUGCGACCUGUGUCUUGUUCCUCCCUUGUUCUGACAAAGCAUUCAAACAGAUGGAGAGAGAUGGAGGAGAGAAACUAGAUGAAGAGGGAGGGGAAGCAUGAGUGUUUAUGUUAAAUAACAGUCAAACACCUCAUCUGUUUCAUGUUCCACUGCUUAUUUUAGGAACAUACUGGCUGUGUGCACCACUGCUACAGUGCUGAAUGCACAUUGACAGAUGCUUCUAAACACCAAACACCUCUUCAUCAUCACGACUCCACCUCUUCCUCCAUUCCUCUCUCCGCCUCUCUGUUGCCAUUUGAAGCAAUAACAGCAGAAACCUUUCAGAGGGGGGGAUAAAAACCCAAACAUGAGAGAACUCACCGGAAAUAAGUGGCCUUGUUAUCAGAAUAAUAUAGAGUCCCUGUACAGUUUGUGUCUCCGUUUAUUUUUUAGAAUGUCAGCUAUGAUGAUUCCAUUUUGUUGUUUUAUUAUGAUUUUGUUUUGGUGGUUUUGUUUUGCUUGCUGCCCCCAGCAAGCACACUCUCUCACUCACACACACACACACACACACAGAGUGCAUGAGACAUUCAUUUAAAUACACAUGCCUACAUACACACACAGUCAUGCACAGACUUAUGUAAAUACACGCGCAUUGUUGGACGCGUAGCAGAUGUUUGACAUAGUUUCAGAGACUAAUGCCUUAGUUCUUAGUUUCAUCAUGAGGUUGGUUUCAACAAUUGUGUUGAAAUGAUUGCAAUGUACAUUAUUGUCAUAAUUAUUGUUGUUAAUGAUUAUUGUUCUAUUUAAAAAGAAACAAAAACAAGAACAUGUUCUGUCGAUGGACCUGUUAUAUGCGCACAUCAGUGUACGAUGUGGAAACACUGUGAUUACUGUUGUUUAUUAUUAGCAAAUGUUGUUGGACAACAUUAGUUUUAGGGUGAAAUGUCAGAAAUUAAAAACAAAAGCAUACAGAGAACGGUUUGGGGUCCUUUCACUUUCAAUUCACUGCUUACAGCAAAUGGAUUCUCAACAAAAUGUGAAAAUUUAAAAUCCCUCUUUUCAAUAACUGUCCUCGCAAUCACUUACUGAGGAUGUGAUCCAAAACAAAUGCCUUACUAACAACUAAUCGACUGCAGUUUUAGUUCAUCUUUAGAACUGAUUGAAUUGAAAGUCGAAACUGACAUCCAAGCCCAAUUAUAAAGACAAACCGGGGUGAAUGGCAGGAUAGAUAUUUAGAUAAUAAAGUAAUGCUAGCUAUUUUUUUCUUAAUACAGUUCUUGUAUAUCAGACACUUUAAAUAGCCCUCCUCUUCCCUUUCUCCCUGGUUUUGUUAGAUGAAUGUGAAUGUAUAAACCAAUGGUGUCCAUUUUAAUGUACUUGAAAAAAAGGUCUGUCUUUUAUUUUCACUUCGUUUCUUUUGCUUUCCCCCUCUCCCUAGAGCCUCUGGUUAAUACUGGAGGUACUUACUAGUGCCUUGCAUCCUUCCUGUUGCUUGUUUCGUUGUGGGGAUUGAGGACUUGGGUUAAAGUAAGCACAGUUGACAGCAGAUGUGGAGAGUUUUGGGUGGUGUCACUUUGAAGUCAGUGGUGAUGAUGGUGGUGACUGGACUUGGUGUUAGUGGAGAAGGCAUGCAGUAUUUUUGGUCGAGAUGCAGUAAUAAUAGUUGUUUUAGUUGUCAGCUGCUGCUGUGUGCGCUACAGCUGGUUUCUGGUUAGUUCUCCUUGAUUUCAGCUAAUUGAGAGUGUAUUUUCCCCAGGUUGGAUUUAAAAAAUGAAAAUAACUGUUAACAAGACAAACUUAGCUGAGAAUUGAUAGAAAGAUGAAUUGACCUUAACUCUGCUGCCAUUUAAGCCAAUGAGAUUGACCACUUAAGAUUGAAAAAGGCACCAUUUGAAGUCAGUGCUGUUUCUGGGAGGUGACUCCCAUUGCUGUGCUUUACAUACACGUGAGGUUACACCACAACAUUAUGAAAGAUGAGCCGAACAUUAGUCUAUCAUUGCCUUUUUUUUUUUUCUCUCCAGUAUUUAAAAUGUAGAUAUUGGGGGAUAUUUUUCUGGUUUUAAGAAGGGAGUUACUGAAUAUUGUAUUUGGACCACUCUACUUCAGAGGCACUGGCCCAGGUGCAGGAUGCUUUCAGUAGAGGACACAUUGGUACAGCGAACAAAAGUUAUUGUCUUUUAAUGUUCUUUUAAUUACAAAAACAAAUGAUGAUGCUAUGACCUCUGGAUUAAAAAACAUCUCCUGCCCUGGUUAUGAGCACAAUUUGAUUAUUAUUCAGUGAAUAGUGAGUGCAGACAUUUGCCACAGAGAAACAGCGCACUCUGUUUUGUUUUGCUGAAAGUACUAUAUAAGGCACAUCUUCUAUAUACUUUACAUGGAUUUGCAGUCAAAUGACCACAACGUAGUGAAACGGCAGCCUCAAACUGAGCAGAGUGACUAUAGAGCCAUGACCACAUGCCCAAAAAAAUAAUUACCAUGAAGUAAUUAUGCAAUUACAGACUUUAAAGGCCCUGAAAACUUUAUAAAUAUUUUAGAUAUAUCAUAUUGGUAGUAACUUUUUCCCACUGAGCCCCACCCACUUCAAAUCAACGAAGAAAUACAGAAAUCUCUGAUGUACAAUAACCAAAGCUGUCCAAACUUUGGCAUAAAAUAGUGUUUUCUUGUAGGGACCCAUCACUCGUAGAAAGAAGAAAAUAUUUUUUCAGGGCCUUUAAGUGUUAACAGCAGCGUAAAAUAAAAAGUAUUAAGAAUCAAAGAACAUAGGCUGCGAAUGCUUACAGCAUUACAGCAAUAUACAGACUCCAAAGAUGCAUAUUAUAGAAUUUGAUUGAUUUUGGAUCGCUUGUAAGUCAUUGGCUAAUCUUCCAAGAGUCCACAAACUCCACAUUAUAGGAGCCAUCUUGCCCCUUAAGUCUAGCCCAUUGUUGUCCAAUUUUAUUUUGCUAUCUAACCUUUUUAUAAUCAAAAAGCCAUUACGAGGCCAGCCGAACUCUACUGUCUUUUUAACAGAUUUGGCUGGGAAUGCCGCCUCCUCUGAGAAUUGCUGCUAUCGGACAAAAAUAAAUAAAUUCUGCUAAAGGUAUGAAAACUGUCUCAUCCUCUCCUAUUCCCACUGUAUGUAUCCGAAGCUGCACCAUUGGGGUUUAACAGCAUUUAAUAGUCACAGAAAUCACUAUGUAAACCAAAAAUUAAAAAAAUAGAUAUUUUAACAUAAGGGCAUCAGACUGCUGGAGGUGUUGGUGGUGGUGAUAACGGCAGUGGUGGUUAAAAUGACUGUGAGCACAGUGGUGGUUAUGAUGAUUGUACUGGUGAUGAUGGGGGUUAUGAUGAUGAAAGUAAUGUUGAUAAUGGACUUAUGGUGGUUUUGGAUUCAAGGCUUUGACACCCUGUCCUCUUUUCUUUCUCAUAUCUGGUACAAACUUUGACAUUCACUUAAAAAUGUCUUCUUAUUUUUUGCUUAGAAUGGGUGUUCUGGAUUCACAUAAAAACACAAAAAGGUAACGCGUGUGUAACGUUUGUACAAAAACCCUGAUUGCUUUUGCCUCUUUUAAGAGAGAUUUUCCAUUUCUCAUGAAUAAUAAUGCAACAUUUUUUUUACUACUUGGCAAGUUUGGUUGAAGCUGUGAAUAAUCAUUGAGCCACUUUGCUUAAGUUCUGGUUAUGAUCAUUCUGUUUAUCAUGAUCUGUUAAAAGAAGUCAAACCUUUAAUGAUGCCACCAACUCAGUGCCAUUUGAUGUUUUGUCAAUGGAGUGGAAACAUCAGAGAUAAAGAAUUAAAAGAGAAAAUUUAGUGUAUUUACCUGCUUUUACUCACUGGAGCUGUUACAUUUGCCAGGUAACAACCUGGAUUUUCACUUUGCCAUUGCUCGAGCCUCGGAUGAUUUCCACUGUAGGAGUUUGAUAACAUUUUGCUGUGUCUCCACUUAGGCUACUUUCAAUGGAUUGCAAUGCAAUAUUAUUUAAUGUUACAGUAUGCUAUCAAGCUCUGAGGUUGCAUGCUGUAGGGCUCUUACUUUAUUAAAGCUCUGGAGUUAAACUAGGGUGCAAUUAUUUUAAAGAGUUGGAGUGGAGAACUCUUACUGUGAAAGGCUUGAGAGUUAUCUAGUGUGCAGGCACUCUUAUUGUGAAGUUACCUGAGGUUCAAGUAGGAUUCUCUUUCUGGUGACACACUUACAGUGUAGCAAUAGAUGUUUUUAACUCGCUUGCAUUAGAUUCAGUUUCUGUUUUGACAGUUUCAGGACUCGCUAACCUUUUUAUGCUUUUUACUGUAGAAGUGCCCACAUGUAAUAUAUAAAAAUGCCUUUCAGUGCACCAACAGAUCAACACACACACAUACAGAUUCAUUCAGUUCAAUUCUACUUGCUAUUUCGUGUAGCUUGCUCCUGUGGAAUUAUGUCGAGUCUCGAGCACAGCAACAGUUUCUACAGACUGUUUGUCUCAACGUUUUAAUUAUGUUUUUGGUCUCACUGAUGCUUUCAUGUUUUAUUUUUUAUUUCUCACUUGUUUUAUCAGCAGUUUUAAUGUCUGUAGCGGCACCUAACUAAAUUCAGUGUUUUCAUUUUUCUGUAUCGUGUUUGACAUUGUACAAAGUUAUUGGAUUAAAAACAUACAAGGAUAAAUGAAUGAAAGAGAAAGCAAAAUAAAAUACAUGUAGGGAGUCAUCGGCAGCCUUUAAAGGUAUGUUUUGCACUAAGUAUAGAGUGUUCAAGCUUCAUAUUAAAAAAACCUUGCGCUUUGCGCUACAAUACAAUGAACUUUGUUACUUUAUUUGUAAAAACUUAAUAAAUAAAAGUUGUUCAAAUGAA